CCUCCGCCCGCAAUACCAAACACUCCCACCACCCAUUUCCCCCUCCCAUCUUUCUUCUCACAUCACACUACAAGUACACUUUACUGAUUUAAAUUUUAAUAUCAACCCCAGAACAAGCCACAUCCUCUCCCAAACCUCUUCCGCUUAACUCCCUCCCCUGUCUGCCUUGCAGCUGCAGUAAAUCCUACGAACACCUCUCCUCGUAUUACACCUUGUCCUCGAACACGAGUUACUCCAUUCCCCAGCUAGCAUUGUUUGGGCGUGCUCCUCGUCUUCUUGCAGACCAUACCAUUCAGACACUGCUUCUAUCUUCCUCCUACAUCGUCUAAAAUGGCAUCCAAAGCAUUGCAAGUCGGACUUCGCGUCUGGCAGUUCAUCUGCGCUCUCAUCAUUAUGUCCCUCGUAGGAAACAUGAUCGCAACCGCUUUCUCCGGCAACCCCUCCUCUGUAAACUACGAGAUGUUUGUUGCAUCCUUCGGCAUGGCCUCGCUACUCUAUCUCCUACCCGUCGCCAUCCUCGACAGCUACACUGUCCCCAUGGUCGUCAUCGCCCUCGACCUCCUAAACGUCAUCUUCUGGUUUUGCGCUGCCGUCGCAAUGGCUGCACUCCUACGUGUCCACAGCUGCAGCAACAACGCAUACACACUCAGGAACCACAUCACAAACGGCGCCCACAACCGCCAGAAGCGCUGCCGCGAAGCCCAGGCCUCGACCGCUUUCCUCUGGUUCGGCUGGGCCGCCUUCGUUGCCACUCUCGUCAUCUCCGUCAUGUCCAACCGCGGCUCCGUCAACAUGCGCGGUGGCAUCCGCCGUGGCGGCCCCUCCAUGAGCCAGGUCUAGGAGUCUGGCCCCGACCAUCUGAAGGCUUCUGGAACCGAACGUGUGGCUUCGGGUAGUGGGUACAGUUUCGAAGAGUGAGAAGCGGUGAACACUCUCCGUAUCUUCCUUGCCAUCCCUACUCGA